AUGUUUCGCAACCGAACAAAUACGAAAAAACCAGCUGGGCUCGAGGAAUUCAAGGCCUCGUUCCCGCAUCUUGGACAGCGCUCGCAUUCGGUUGCGGGCCCGCCAGGCCAUAGCCUCGCAGACGCUCUUGAUGUUGCCCACCCUUCUCGAAAUCUCAACGACCACGAGGACAUCAAAGAUCAGGACCCAACCCCGCGCGGAAGCAACGAACCCUGGAGGUUUACCCCCUCGCUGCUCGACCCCAACAGCUUCGCCUUCACCUCGUUCGCCAAUCAGCCUCCGGGCUAUUACACGCCAACCCCCGGCGGCACCAACACCCUCUAUCACAGCCAGGCCGGCGACCUGCACACGCCAGGCUUCAGCUUCGGAUUGGGCACUCCCUUGUCUCUCCCCACUUCAGAGGGUGCCCUGCACGCAGGCCAGACGGUGCCCAGCCAACUCCACCAUGGCUUCACUCCGCACGCCUUGGGCGCCCACCACUUCCAAAAUGUCAACCCGUUUGCCAUGCAGUCGCAACAUUCUCAGUCCUUUGCGCCGCAUCAAUUCACCCACCAGCCUUCCGCCUUCGACCAUGGGGUCAUGGCGCAGUCUCACGACGAGCCGUCCAUGGACAACAACAUGGUGCCAGAGAUGGAGAUGCAGGAACAAUCGCCGUUGAUUGGAUAUGCGCCCCAAGCCUACGGCAGUAACAUGGCUGCUCCGACAGCUACCCAUCUGCCUUCGGCACCCACGCAAAACUUCCGAUACCAUGUCACUCUAAAUGCGCCAACGGCUAUGAUUAAGCAAUCAGACGAGGUGCCCGUCACCUAUCUCAACAAGGGACAGGCCUACUCCAUCUCACUCGUGGAUACAGCGCCCCUCCAAGCUCCGUCCCUGUCACUCAGAUACAGGACUUUUAUUCGCAUUUCCUUUGAAGACGAACAACAAAGGCAGCGCCCUGCCGGCUGUUGGCAACUCUGGAAGGAAGGCCGAGGAACGAAUGAAGCGCAUCAGCGAGGCGGUCGUCUUCAAGCCGUCGAAUUCGUCGACCCAAGCCAAGUAGGCGGCGGAGAGGCUCAACAAGGGCGGCCCAGGGUCGAGCUCGAGUCCUCCUCAUUCGACGGGUUUGUCGUCAACUGGACACCAGCACACGCCACCGCACCCGAGUGCUCCCUUGCCGUACGAUUCAACUUCUUAUCCACCGACUUUAGCCACUCCAAGGGGGUAAAGGGGAUUCCCGUUCGGUUAUGCGCAAAAACAGAGCUGAUGACCGAGGCCGCUGCACCCCCGCAAGACACAUCAGGCCCCGAGCUUUGCUACUGCAAAGUGAAGCUCUUUCGCGAUCACGGAGCAGAGCGCAAACUUUCCAAUGAUGUCGCCCACGUCAAGAAGACCAUUGACAAGAUGAAGCAACAAAUUGCACAAGCAGAGUCGGGCAUGAAAGACUUUGGCAAACGUAAACGCAGUGGCUCCAUAUCGAAGAGCAGUGCUAAUGGCCGACCCGGAAAGGUCGCCAAACACAAGAGGACCUGGUCCUUGUCCUCGGCCAGUUCGAAUACUGGAGCCAGGCCUGCGGCGGAAGAGGAUUUGCACAUCAAAUUAGCAGCGCUACAGGACAUGUUUAGCUCCACGAGACCUGUCAGCGUCCUGUAUCUCAAGGGCGAUGAACAGGAUGAUCCGGACCUGCAUCCAGUACAAUUGUCCUCUGCUCCGUCGGAUCUUUCCAAGAUGGAGACGACGGUGGACGCACAAAUGUGGGAGGCCACAGGGUCACAGACUGCCGCGUCCUCUGCUGUAUCACCAACACCGAGCUCACAAUCCAUUACCUCUGAAAAGCGUCGAACAUCCUUCCAGCGGCCACAACCUUUCCAGCCACCAUCGCGCAUGCCAUCAAACGAAUGGCGGAACGUUCCCCAGACGGCUACCGGUGAUUUGAAGGCUAUGACUGCUAUCCAGGGCGGCGCUGAUGUCCCCACCAAGGUCCAACGACCCUACGCAGAUGAUCAUGCUUUAUCCGGAUGGAUCGAGGCUCUUGGGGUGGACCAGACUUAUCAACCACCACCCGAGCCUAUGCUCAAGCCAGUGGCUUGUUUCUUUGUGCAACCCAGAAUCGCCGGUCGACAAUCCGAUGACAACUAUUAUCGCGCCAUCUACCUCAUGGAACGCACCGUGAAAGAACUCGUCAGCAGCAUUGCUGUGAAAGCCAAGGUUGAGCCCACCAAGGUAACUCGGACGAUACGGAUCAACCAAAAAGGAUUGCAGAUUCUAAUGGACGAUGAAGCGAUUAACCGGAUCCCAGAACAACAAGACAUGACAGCCGAGUUCCAUGAAAUUGGAACCCCCCCAACACAAUCCAUGAAGCGAGAAUGGGACGCUGGACCUACUGAUGUCCAAGUUGAUGGCGAGAUCAAUGUGAUUGAGAACAUCCACUCGUCAGGCUACGAACUACGCCUCCUGUUCUAG